AUGGCUUCACAGUUCAGAGAAACCUUUAUGCCCAAGUCAUCGUCAAAUGACCUUGAAUUAGACAAUGCAGAAUUUAUUCCAACUCAUGCUUCUGCUGUGCAAUGGGGAGAAAACAUCUCUCACUUACCAAGUGUUCAGUUCAACAUUUCCCCAAAUAACAAUGGCUCCGUGGCAAAGCAGGAGCUGCAAACACUCUGGGAGAUGUUUACCUCCUGGCUACAGCCAGAAAAGCAGAGCAAGGAGCAGAUGAUUUCUCAACUGGUCUUGGAGCAGUUUCACCUCACUGGACACUGCAAGGACAAGUUUGCCUUGACAGAGAAGUGGAAAUCCUGUGGCAGAAACAUGGGGAGAUUCAUGCAGGGUCUGACUGAUGAGUGCUUGAAGCCUCCUACUAUGGUCCAUGUUUCUAUGGAUGGGCAGGAAGCCCUCUUUUCUGAGAACAUGCCCUUAAAAGAAGUCAUCACACAUUUGGAGCAACAGAAAGCAGCAGCAACUCCAACAGAAGAGAAUGUAAGGGCACUCUUGGCGAUCUCCAAAGAUAUGGCAACAGGACAUGAAAAUACAGAAAACUGCCAAACUCCCUGGAAUGCUGGUGUUGGAAAUGGCAGUGUUAAUAGUAUAGGAACCAUGAGGGAUUCCCUCCUCACUCUCCAGAGAGUGCAGUAUCAAGAGCCUGAAGAGGGGGAUGUUUUAUAUGAAAUCCCACAGGUUGUCAGAAGAACAAGUCAAGGUACUUCGAGGUUCCAGGAAAUGUCCCUGAGAGCACCUUCUUCUGAAGAUGUCCUUAUGGAGGCACAACCAGUUUUUCUCUCACUGACAGAACAGUCUGAGGACACUGGGGAUGGUGGUGUUAUUAAUCUCACAAAUGAGGAAGAUUCCAUUUUCAUUAUCCAGGGAGAGCAGUAUUCUGAGCCUGAUAUAGAAGGUGUUUCUUAUGGAGUGCCACAGGAUUUAAGAAUUGCAAUGUGCGGUACCUCCAGGUCCCUGCAAGAGUCCCUAUGGGCAGCUUCUUCUGAAGUAGUCCCUAUGAAGGUACCAGGGUUUCUUUCCAGGGCAGAGCAGCCUACCCCUAAGCCUGUCCCUCUUUUCCAGAAUUAUGAGGUAAAUUCCACCUUUGAGGGUUACCAGGAGAGACUCCAGAAAGACCCCAAACCAUAUAAAUGUGAGGAAUGUUCCAGAACCUUCAAAUAUCCCUGCAACCUCUCCAUCCACCAGAAAACACACAGAAAGGAGAGACCAUUUUUCUGUAAGGAAUGCCAGGUAGGCUUUUAUGAGGAGUCAGAACUUCAGGUUCAUGAGGUCAUACACAAGGCAGAGAAGCCUUUCACAUGCAGUUCAUGUGGAAGGGCCUUCAGAUACAAGACCAAUCUGCAGGCUCAUGAGAGAAUUCACACAGGAGAGAAGCCUUACUCUUGCUCUCUGUGCAAUAGUAGCUUCCGCCAGUCAUCCACAUACCACCGUCACCUGAGGAAGUUCCACAAAUCAGAAUGA